AUGGACCAGCCCAGUGUUUCCUGCUGCAGAACCUGCCUUGCCCGCCGCAGCUUGGAGGCCCGCGUGGCUGCAGCCCGAGAGCUGCUCCUGAUUGCACUGGAGGACCUGAGCCAGGACCAACUGAAGCGAUUCCGCCACAAGCUGCGGGAUGCGUCGGUGAACGGUCGCAGCAUCCCCUGGGGGCGGCUGGAGUGCGCGGAUGCUGUGGACCUCGCGGACCAGCUGACCCACUUCUAUGGGCCAGAGCCGGCUUUGGACGUGGCCUGCAAGACCCUAAAAAGAGCGGAUGUGCGCGACGUGGCAGCGCGGCUCAAGGGGCAACGACUGCAACGUGAGCAGGGGCGGUGUUUCUGUGGCCCCCAUUCUGCUGCGCCCCUGGGAGAAGUCCCCAUCCACACGGCCUCCCUCCUUCCCACUUACCAGAAAAACCCCGGCUCUUUAUCUGCAAAUCUGGGGUCCCGGAUGCUCUGGAGGGAGCCUCCAGUCCGUGGCAGGUCCCACCCUACGCGCACUCACUCACAGACCUCAGUGCGGUUUCCUUUGCAGGGCUCGGCCCCAGCUCCGUGGCACUACUCUCUGUGUCGGGUAAGUGGCUCCAGCGCGACCACCGCGGCCCCAGACUCUCAGGGAUCUCCACAAGGGAGGAAACUAAGGCCUGGGGGAGGGCGAGUCCCCAGCGCUUUGACUCUACUUCCGCGUCUCCACUCCGCAGAGUUCCAGAAAAAAUACCGGCAGCAUGUGCUGCUGCAGCACGCCAAGGUGAGGGAGAGGAACGCACGCUCCGUGAAGAUCAGCCAGCGUUUCACCAAGUUGCUCAUCGAGCCAGAGAGCGCGGCGCCCAGGGAGGAGGCAGCGGCUCUGGGGCCCGCGGAAGAACCCGAGCCCGGUCGCGCCGGGCGCUCGGACACGCACACCUUCAACAGGCUGUUCGGCCGCGACAACGAGGGCCGACGGCCGCUGACCGUGGUCCUGCAAGGCCCGGCGGGUAUUGGCAAGACCAUGGCGGCCAAGAAGAUCCUGUACGACUGGGCAGCAGGUUAGCUGUACCGCGGCCAGGUGGACUUCGCCUUCUUCCUGCAGGGUCGCAAGCUGCUGCAGCGGCCCGGCGAGCGCAGCUUGUCCGACCUCAUCCUGGACCAGUGCCCGGACCGUGGUGCGCCGGUGUCGCAGAUGCUAGCUCAGCCACAACGGUUGCUCUUUAUCUUGGACGGCGCCGACGAGCUGCCCACGCCCGGGGCCUUCGAGGCCGCCCCCUGCACCGAUCCCUUCCAGGCAGCGAGCGGCGCGCUGGUGCUGGGCGGGCUGCUGAGCAAGGCACUGCUGCCCCCGGCUCGCCUGCUGGUGACCAAGCGCACCACUGCCACCUGGAAGCUGCACUGCAGCCUGUACGCGCCGCAGCGCGCCGAGGUGCGCGGCUUCUCAGACAAGGACAAGAAGAAGUACUUCUACAAGUUCUUCCAGGAGGAGCACAGGGCCAAGCGCGCCUAUCGCUUUGUGAAGGAAAACGAGACGCUGUUUGCCCUGUGCUUCGUGCCAGUCGUGUGCUGGAUCGUGUGCACUGUAUUACGCCAGCAGCUGGAGCUGGACCGAGACCUGUCACGCACCUCCAAGACCACCACUUCAGUGUACCUGCUCUUCCUGGGCAGCGCGCUGAGCUCCAUGGGCGCCGAGGAGGCUCGCGUGCGGGGAGAGCUACGCAAGCUGUGCCACCUGGCCCGCGACGGGGUCCUAGGAUGCAAGGCACAAUUCUCAGAAAGGGACUUGAAGUGCCUGGAGCUUCAGGAUUCUGACGUCCAGCACUUUCUCACCAAGAAGGAGCUGCCAGGGGUGCUGGAGACUGAGGUAAUCUACCAGUUCAUCGACCAGAGCUUCCAGGAGUUCUUUGCAGCGCUUUCCUUUUUGCUGGAGGAUGAAGGCCCACCCGGGGUCUCUGUGGGGAGGUUGGGGAUGCUGUUGCACAAGGGCAUGGAGCAGCACAGCCACCUCACACUCACUAUGCGCUUCUUCUUUGGGCUGCUGAGCAUGGAGCAUGUGCAGGAUGUCCAGCGCCACUUCAGCUGCGUGGUCCCAGCACAGGUGAAGCAGGAUGCCCUGAAAUGGGUACAGAAUCAGGGCCACUCCUGGGUAGCACCACAAGGAACAGACAGGGCUGAAGGGCUCAAGGACACAGAGAAGCCAGAGGAGGAAGAAGAGGAGGAAGACCCCAACUUCCUUUUAGAGCUGCUGUACUGUUUGUAUGAGACCCAGGAUGAUGUCUUUGUGUACCAGGCUCUGAGAAGCCUCCCCGAACUGACACUGGAGCACGUGUGCUUUAGCCGCAUGGAUCUCAAUGUUCUGAGCUACUGUAUUCGGUGCUGCCCAGCUGGACAGGUGCUGCAGCUAGUCAGCUGCAGCCUGGUGACUGGGCAGGAGAAAAAAAAGAAAGGGAACCUGAUAGGAAGGAGCUUAGAAGGGUCAUAGUAGGCCUCACCACUUCUCUCUCCUAGCAAUUCGCAAGCUGCCAUGAAGCAACUCCAGGUCUCUCCACUGCAUCCACUCUGCGAGGCCAUGACUGACAUGUGGUGUGGCCUAAGCAGCCUAAGGCUGUCCCACUGCAAACUCUCUGACAGGGUCUGCCGAGACCUCUCAGUGGCCCUAAGGAAAGCCCCUGCCCUGACAGAGCUGAGCCUCCUCCACUGUAGGCUCAGUGAGGCUGGUCUGCGGGUGAUCAGCGAGGGCCUGGCCUGGCCCCAGUGCCAGGUGCAGACACUCAGGGUGCUACUUCUAAGACCCCUGGAAGCAUUCCAGUGCCUGAUAGCCCUGCUCCAGCAAAGCCACACCCUCACCACCUUGGACCUCAGCGGCUGUCACCUGCCUGGCUCCAUGGUGACCUACUUGUGUACAGUCCUGCAGCACCCAGCAUGCAGCCUUCAAACCCUCAGUCUGGCCUCUGUGGAGCUGAAUGAAACUUCGGUGCAGGAGCUGAGGGACGUGAAGACAGCAAAGCCCAGCCUGGCCAUCAUCCACCCAGCACUUGACAGCCACCAUGGUCCUCCUGAGGGAGUAAGCAGUGCCCUCUAAGGCCUAGAGCAUGGAGCAAUUGGAGGACACAGAGAUCAGAGCCCAGAAGAAGCCUUCCUUGCUCCAAAGGCAGGAGGUGGGAGCAAAACAGCGAUCCCUGGUUGGGAAUUUUGAUGGCUCUGGUAUAUUGAUAAUGAA